AUGGAUCCGUCGGACUCUCGUAAAAGAAAUAUGGAAAAGCGACGAGAGACGUCCAGGUAUGCGGCUAGGGAUAGACGUGGGAAGGAAUCGGAAAUAUUCAGCGAUCUUCGGGCUGUUGUUCCUAUAGUUGAUGAAGGUAGUGUCACUCACCUCGAUCGAAUUGCCGUGUUGCGAGUAUGUUCUGCAUGGUGUCGAAUACGUAAAACUGCACCCAAUGUGCUGAAACCGUCAGCAGUUGGUCCUGAAUUGAGUAAAAUUGGCCAAGAACUGUGGUGCGAGGAUACUAUCACAGAGGCCUUGGAUGGCUUCAUUAUAAUCGCGGAUAGCGAUGGAACAAUACUCUGUGUUACAGAAAGCGUGUGCUUGUAUCUGGGAUUAAGUCAGACGGAUCUUGUGGGACGAGGCCUCAAAGAGUUUCUUCAUCCGAGUGACUACGCUGAAUAUGUUGAAGCAACAAAUAGUUUGGGUGCUGUGCUCGGAGAACACCAAGAUAUUUCUAAGUCACCUGAAAAUGGGCUGUAUGCAGAGUUGCGGAUGAAGACGGUUAUCACACAGCGCGGACGUAAUCUCAACCUCAAAAGCGCGCUCUACAAGUCGAUAUCAUUUGUUCUUCGUGCCGAGCGUUCCUUGGGUGGCCAUGUAGUUCGGAUGCAUGCUGCUUCGGAGCCCGCCGGUCAAGGUUCAGUUAAUGCCCAUGCAACUGCUCUCACCAAGUACGCAGACACGCCAACGGGUUCUUUUAUGACACGACACACGUCUGACAUGCGGAUAUCAUAUGUUCAUGAUCGCCUCAACUAUAUUUUAAGAAAUGAGCUGAAAACGCUCAUGGGUGCGAGUUUCUUCGAGCUCAUUGAUCCGAGCGAUUUGUUGGCAUUCCGCGAGUCCAUGAAGAUACUAUUUGCGAAGGGUCAUGUACGAACACCGUUGUAUCGUUUGUUAGCUUCGAAUAAUGCUGUAGUUUGGGUUACAACUGAGGCGUCAACUGUCAACCAUACCUCAAAGGGUCAACGAGCUCAAUAUGUCAUCUGUGUUCAUCACAUCGCUGGAAUUAAAAGCGCUGUGGAAGAAGUUACUUCCGUGCCUGAAGGAAUUGCCGCUGGGAUUGCUGUCCAGAUUAAGAAAGAAGUCGAUGAUACGAGAGAUUACGCUGGUCGUCAACCACACGUUGACUCUACUGGUGCAACUGACUUCCAGAUGCAACCGUUUACUGGUCGGGAGGAUUUCAGCGUAAUGACUAGGCUCUUGUCUUUCGCAGAUCCAGAUACAAUCAAAACUUCCACUUUAGACGGAUGUGGUGAGGGCCGCAGCCGUUCGUAUUCGGACACAUUUUUUCGCAGCCAGUCAGAGUGUGCGUCUCAGAGCUUCGGACAGCUUGAAGGACAUUCUCCCCCUAGCGACACCUCUGUGGCCACGGCGCACAUCAUGGCUACGCCGUCUCGUAGUCCGACCGAUGAUGGCCUCUCCCCAGGAAGCGGACUUGUCUCAGGGGCGGGAGGAGGAUCUUCGUGUUCCCCUUUGGCUGAGGGCGUCUCGCAGUGCGGCCUGUACAGUCCACCCUCGUCCGCGCGAUCGAGCCUUACUGGAAAACUUGAUCGACGUUUGGACAGCAGCCAGCCCACCAGUCGCCCACGAAGCCUUUCCACCGUUUCAGCAUCAAAUGCUGUCGCACUGUCGUCAGGUUUGCUCAGUAGUGGAGGAUGUGAUGACACCUCUAGUUUGCUCUCCUCUUUGUCUGCUGCCAUUGCUAGGUCCUCCACCCAUGGAAGUCUGCCAACGAUGACCGUCUAUCCCUCCGUCACGACAAAUAAUACUCCUACUUUCGAAGAUAUACCAUUCGAAGAACCAAACUUUGACACAAUUGCGAUUCGUGCUCCUUAUGUUUCUCAAAAUGGUGCUUGUGACAAUAUUGGAGCUUCGCUGGACGGUACAACUUUUGGUGCUGACGAGCUCAGUACUGUUGAUCUCUCAAAUGAGGAUUUCAAUAGCAUGUUUGAACAAGUGAUUGCUCAAUCACGCCCUUCUGCUGGCCGUGCUGUAUUGGCCUCUAAUUCAUCGGAUGUCUACGUGCACCACUACUCAGUGUCUAAUCCUAUGGUUAGUGGCGCAUGUGCUCCUGUCCCGCAUCGUUCAAGAGCUUCACCUCCCUUGAAACGACCAGUGCUUACCUCAGUGUAUGAAGAUCAUGAGCUGAAACCUUUAUCAAUGAAUGGCGGAAUGUACUGUAGUUCCACACUAUACUGGCCAGCCGAAAGUAUGUGGUCAGAUCAACAAAGGAUGUUCCAGCAACAAUACAGUGCAGGCGUGUCACGCCAUGUGUGA